CUUGCUUGGUGGGUAUCGUCUAUCUGCAAAGCGGCCCGCCAUAUUAGUGCGAAACGCAUUCAAAACAGCGGGCGAGCCCGGCAGCGCUCCAAAACAAAUAUCGGAUUGGUUGAAUCGAACGACGCCCCUUUUUAGAGGUCAAGGUCCCCAAGGCUGUUCACAGUCUGCCUGGAUUUCUUGCUGCGGAGCCCUGCUGUAAAGAGGAGCCCCACCCACCCCCACUGUUCGGGCCGGCCAGGCAGCAGGUGCAGGCAUCACCAGUGGAGUGUAUCCUAAAGCAGUAGCACAAAUUCACCUAGGAAAAGGACGGCUUAAUUACACCCUACAAACAAGGAAACAGCGAUAACAACAACACCAUGGCAGUAGUUGCUGUGCUGAUGGUCCUGGGUGUGUUGGCGGUUAUUGGACUGGCUGUAGCCGGUCUGGUGUACCUGGGUUACAUCUACUACAUGCACCGCAAGUACGACCAUCUACCGGGACCACCCAGGAAAAGCUUCAUCAGCGGCCAUAUAGAUGACAUGACCAAGUGUCUGCAGGAUGGGAAGUUCACACAGGACAUGAUCUUAGAAUGGUGUGAGAGGUAUGGUCCUAUAGUGAGGCUGAACUUCCUACAUCGAGUCAUCAUCUUUGUAUCAUCUCCGGAAGCAGUCAGGGAGCUGCUUGUGGCAGGAAAGUACAUCAAACCUCCAGACCAGUACCAGCGGAUAGGGUCCAUCUUUGGAGAAAGGUUCCUUGGUGAGGGUCUUGUAACUGAGACGAACCACGAGCGUUGGCACCGUCGGCGGCGGAUCAUGGACCCAGCCUUCAGCAGGAAGUACCUGCAGACACUCAUGGACAAAUUCAACACCAGCGGCGACCUGUUCGUGGAGAAGCUACAGACUCUGGCUGACGGCGUCAUGCCCGUGUCCAUGGUCGACAUGUUUGGCCGAGUCACGCUGGAUGUCAUUGCAAAGGUUGCCUUCAGUAUGGACUUGAACACGAUCCUGGACGACCACACCCCGUUUCCCAUGGCAACCUACAUCACACUGUCAGCACUCAUCCAGCAGUUCAGGCACCCCUUCAUGGAGUACAACCCGUUCCAGCGUGACUACAUCCGGAAGGUGCGUGAGGCGUGUCGGCUGCUGAGGAAGACGGGCCACAGCGUGCUGCAGGAGCGACAGGACCAGAUCAGACGGGGGGAGCAACUUCCCAAUGACAUCAUGACUCUCAUUCUCAAAGCCAACGAUGAGGACUCAGGUCUAACUGUGGAGAAACUGGUAGAUGACUUUGUCACAUUUUUCAUAGCAGGCUCCGAGACGACAGCCAACCAGCUUUCCUUUACCCUGAUGGAGCUUGGGAGGUACCCAGAUGUUUUAGAAAAACUACGGGCAGAGAUGAGGGAAGUGUGUGGCAACAAGGAGUACAUCACUUACGAGGACAUCGGGAAACUGCAGUACAUGGGGCAGGUGCUGAAGGAGUCCCUGCGGAUGUACCCACCUGCGACUGGCACGUCUCGGCUGGUAGAAGAGGAGAUGGAGCUGUGCGGACACAGGAUCCCUGGGGAGACUGUUCUUAUUACAAGCACAUACAUCAUGGGCCACAUGGAGAAGUACUACCCUGAGCCGUACACAUUUAACCCUGACCGCUUCACACCAGAUGCUGACAGGCCCCUGUACACAUACUUCCCCUUCUCCCUGGGGUCCAGGAGCUGCAUUGGACAACAUUUCUCUCAGAUUGAAGCCAAAGUGCUGCUGUGCAAGUUCCUACAGAAGCUGGACUUUGAGCUGGACCCAAACCAGUCCUUCGCUGUUUCGGAGGCCAGCACGCUUCGCCCCAAAGGCGGCUGCAUCUGCAUGCUUUCCAAGCUUGAGAAAUAGUUGUUCACCCACCCUUUUAAAACUGUCAAAAAUGUGUAGGUACAACUAGAUACAUGACAAUAACAUAGAGGUGAUGUAAAAGGUUCAUGUAAUAGAAAAAAGUCUGUUGUGUCUGGUUCAUUCGUAAGUGUUCUAAACUUCUCAUUGGGACUGUACAAUUGUCACUAUAUACUUCUAUUAUUUUGUAUUUGAGUAUCA